AACUACAAAACGAGCUUGCUAACUUUGAAGUAAACGCUGUAACCGCCGCUGUGGGAUACCGGUUGGCCAAUUAUUACUCAGAAUGGCGUCUGGCUGGCUCACAUGGUGAAACCACUACGCGAUCUAGCUAACAGUAUACCGUAGUAAUGUGCCAACACGAUUUUUAUUCGUUCGCUAUAGAGGUCCUCCAAGCAUAUUUUUGAGAAGCUACGGAGAGGUACUGCUUGGUAUCCAACCUUCGUCUUGCCGAUCGUGGUAUAUGCUCUCCAAUACAACACAACUAAUGUUUGUUGGCAAGCUAACUAAUGUAACAAAAGCUAUCUUAGCUAGCUAACCAGAGAUACAUUGACAUCACUGUAGUAUUGGGCAGCAACUGUGUUCAUUCACCUUAGCGAAGUUCAAUGUGUUACUACUAGUAGUUAGGGUUCCCCACCUUACAUCUUACUUACAAAGGGAAAGCCAUUAAUAACCAUGAAAGUGCAGAAAUCUCUCCCCAAAACCAAGCAGACGUCCAAGAGGCAACAAUGUAAUGACAAGUGGUUCAAGUCCAACAGAAUUCCCCAAAACUCAGACUCUUCAAACCUCAGCCCAAGCACAGCCAUGGCCAAGCUAGAGCACCGCGCAUCUAACCUUAGAAAGGACAAGCCUAACCUGAAGAGACUGAAGAAGAAGGCCAUGACUGUGUCCUUCAGACAGGUCAAGACUCCGGCUGCCACGGAGAGGACCCCCUCUCGUCCUCUGACCAACGGGGGUGCAGGUCGACCAGAGCAGGGCAGUGACUCAGACGAGUCCCAGGACUGGAGCUCCUUUGCCGAGUCUGUUUUACAUCAAAAUGGUGGUGGAGAGAGUAUGGAGGGCCAGGAGAGUUGUGUCUCAGCCAAAGCUGUGCCUGGCAGGAUAGAGGAGGAGGCUUUUGUUCACUGUGCAGAGCGAGACUACAUCCAUAAUCGCACAGUGCUGGUCAUGCAACAGGGUCAGACCCUGUGUUUUAGGGGGAAGUGCCUUCUGUCAUGUCUGUACGGUCGGGUGGAGGUGCAUGGUUUCACCCUUGAGGAGGGUCAGCAGUCCUACCCACUUUUUUCCCCUUCCUCACAUUGCCCCCUCACCGUCACAGCACUGGGGGAUUCCCCUAACCCCAGCAAGACCAAGAAAGCGGGCCGUCUAGAGGCCAAAGCCAUUGUCCGCAAGUACCUCUCUGCAGAGACAUGUAAAAGGUUGUUGAGUGAAGUAGAUUCCGACUCCUGUGUGAUCCUGCUGGAGCCCCUGGACACCCCUCUGACGCGGUUCCUCAACAGUUUCCCAGACCUCAAAGAGCUGUUUGGACUCAGUUCGAGGGACAUCCGAGACAGUUCAGCUAUGCUGGACACUCCGCUCUCUGGCCUUGGCAUAACCCCACUGCGGAGAACAGCCGGAGGCAUGGUUAUGUCACAGACCUACAGGGAGGCGCUCAACGGCCUGGUUAACGCCUGUGCAGAGGAGCUCGAUGGCUGUCCAGUUAUUCUUGUAUGUGGUGCUAAGAAUGUUGGAAAGUCCACCUUCAACCGUCACCUCAUCAAUACCUUACUUAACCACACUGCAAGUGUAGAAUACCUGGAGUGUGACCUGGGCCAGACAGAGUUCACUCCCUCAGGUUGUCUCUCCCUGUCUACUGUCAGAGAGCCACUGCUGGGUCCUCCCUUUACACACCAGUGGGCUCCAGAGCACAUGAUCUUCUAUGGCCAGUCGUCCUGUGAAACAGACCUGGACCGCUAUCUGGAGUCCCUCAAGUCCCUGUGGCGCUUGUACAACCGAGAGACGCCCAUCGUCAUCAACACCAUGGGCUGGGUCAAAGGUUUUGGCUUUCAGUUGUUGGUGGACAUCAUUCGCCUCUUCUCCAUUUCUCACGUGGUGCAGCUCAGUAGUGGGGAUAAAGUCAUGUGCCCCCAACUCACCCCUGAGUUCCUGAGGUCAUCCCACGGCUGGCAGACACACCCUCCUGUCCAGUCAGCUUUGGGGGAGGACAACUCUGGAACUCAUCCUGCCCAGCGGAGUUACACUCUAUUCAGUAUUCACUCCGAGUUUGAAGGAGCAGGGCGCCCGGGCGAAAUGAGACACCAGCGCAGCAACGAGCAGCGUGACCUGGCUCUGCUGGGCUACUUCAGCCAGCUGCAGUCCCCUGAACCAGGCCCUGUCAGACCCCUACACUGCUUCACCCCCUACCAGGUUCCCCAUUCAGCGGUGGCUGUGGGUGUGACGCACUGCGAGGUGGCACCAACUCAUGUGCUCUACACUGCCAAUGCCAGUCUGGUGGGGCUGUGCUGUCUGAAUGAGAAGGUAUCAGGCAGGGGAAGCCCAGUACUGCUCUCCCAAACCCCUGUCUGUCCUUGUGUGGGCUUUGGUGUCCUUCGUGGUGUGGACAUGGCACGGGGCCUGUACUUCCUUGUUACACCUGUAGCUCCCUCGGUCCUCCGUCAGGUCAACUGUCUUCUGCUGGGGGCUGUCACACUGCCCAACACCCUCCUCACAGGCCAGACAGGAAUUCUGGGAGAACCUCCCUACGUCACAAUGGACUACAGCUUUGAGCUAACCGGGGCCGGGAAGCUUCACGUCUUCAAGGGGCUUGCAAGACCUGGCCAGAUGAAAAACGCAAAAUGAUUUUUUUUUUGUUUUUAUGGUUUCACAGUAAGAAAUCUGAAUCUUUUUUUUCUUUUUCUUUUUUUGCCUUGUUUAUUGACUUUAAACACCAAGGCCAGAGUUAAGGUCGUUGAAUGUACAGAAGAGAAGGUUCAGGAGACGGUGUACCGUAGAGUUGGCGUGAGUGACUCGAGGCGUACUCGCGCUCCAGAUCAGAGUGCUGAAGACGGCCCAGGCUGUGGAGGUCAGCUCCCUCUUGUAGGUGUGAAUUGGGUUUACCUUUUGGUCUACAAUCAUGAGAGAAUUUUUUUUUUUUUGGGGGGGUUGCUCUAUUCAAUAGUUUCGGAUGUUUGAACGUGUUUCUAUCACAUGGACAAUAUCUAGAUAUGCAGUUAAACCUCUGUCUGGCACCGUAUUCCCUAGCGCACUGGUCAAAAGUAGUGCGCUAUAUAAGGAAGAGGGUGCCAUUUGGGACACAUACUGGGUUUAAUGUCUAUUCCUCGUGGGUCACAUUCCAAACCAAGAUUGUACACAUUAUCAAAAUGUAAACAAAUUGAUAUACUUUUUGUUGUUGAAAAUGUGAGCUUUUCUUGUCACUGUCAGGACUUUAUAAAUCUGUUGCCCGUU